AACAGAAGCCAGUUUCGACAUCAACAUGAAGGUGUUCCUAGCUAUUUUGGCUCUGGCCGUGGCUUCGGCCUCCGCCUUCGAUGAGAAGGUCUUCGUCAAGGACCUGCCUAAGGCCACCAAGAUGGAGGGCCGUAUCACCAAUGGAUACGCCGCUCCCGAGGGUAAGGCCCCCUACACUGUGGGUCUUGGUUUCAGCGGAGGCUGGUGGUGCGGUGGCUCAAUCAUUGGUCACGAAUGGGUUCUGACUGCCGAGCACUGCAUCGGGGAUGCCGCCUCUGUGAUCGUCUACUUUGGAGCCACCUGGCGCACCAACGCUCAGUACACCCACACCGUCGGAAACGGCAACUUCAUCAAGCACUCCAACGCUGAUAUUGCCCUGAUCCGUAUCCCUCACGUGGACUUCUGGCACAUGGUUAACAUGGUUGAGCUGCCCAGCUACAACGACCGUUACAACAACUACAACGAGUGGUGGGCUGUGGCUUGCGGAUGGGGCGGUACCUACGACGGCAGCCCACUGCCCGACUGGCUGCAGUGCGUUGACCUCCAGAUCGUCCACAACGAUGAAUGCAGCUGGACCUACGGAAGCGUUGGCGACAACACCAUCUGCACCCGUACUGUUGACGGCAAGUCGAUCUGUGGAGGAGACUCCGGCGGUCCUCUGGUCACACACGACGGCAACAAACUGGUGGGAGUCAGCAACUUCGUUUCUUCCAACGGCUGCCAGUCUGGAGCUCCUGCUGGAUUCCAGCGCGUCACCUAUCACUUGGACUGGAUCCGUGACCACACCGGUAUUUCCUACUAACUUUUUUAAAUAAGUAUAUAAAUCAUUUGAAAAGCA